UCUCGUGCGGUAACUAAAAGGCAAGGAACCCACUCAGAGGCCAGGCGCCGAGCAGCUUGUUCCUUCCCUGACCUUCACCGCUCCAGAUGCAUGGAUGAGGUGUAGCAAAAGAGGAACGAGGCAGCCCUGUUGCUGUAACACUGCCGGGAAUGUUGCGACACUGCUAUUGGCAUGGCAGCAGCCGGGAACACUGCAGUGGUGCCAUCGGCACUGGAUUUGCUGCUUCGUUGCCAGCUUAGGUGCCUUUCCAAAUCAGCAGAGUGCAGCUGAUUCUCCCCUGCCUCGCGUACCCACUGGUGAGAGAGAGAGAAAAAAUGCCAUCUGGGAACGCCACAUGUACAGCAAGAGAUCAUCUUACCUGCUGGCAGAUCCCUCUUGGCUGGAGAAAUCAGGCAGAAGAGCCCAAGAGGACACCUGUGGCAGCUACAGAGGCUGGAGUUAUGGAGCAGCUGCUGCUAAGAGCACGGCCUCCACAGUGACCCAGCCCUGCAUGGGGAAACUCCCUUGGUGCCUCGAAAUGGGGAAGACUAGAAACGUCGUUUGACAGAGAAGCCACACAACUGAAGUUUUAUGAAGUUUGAAUAUCCGAUAACGAGGUCAGCACAGAUGCGGGCAAUGAGUUCCCAAAGGGGAGGGACAGACCGUCUAUAUAAGGUAAAUCUGUCACUAUCUGAGAUCAGAAGUCACCCUGAGCUACAGAGACUUUCCCAAGCCCAGAAAAGGCCCUGCAUGACGAUGAAGAAUCUCUUAGUAUUUGCUCUGCUAUUUGCUUAUGGCGCAGUUAUGACACAGGGGAGUCUCUGGGAGCUUCAAAAGAUGAUUAAGCAAGUCACUGGGAAAAAUGCCUUAUGGAAUUAUUCCAUGUACGGCUGCUACUGCGGAUCAGGCGGUAAAGGGACACCAAAGGAUGACACUGAUCGGUGCUGUCAGUUGCACGACUGCUGCUAUAAGAGGCUCAAGGGUCAUGGAUGUAAUGCCAAAUUGAACACAUACAGCUAUUAUACCUCCUAUGGAUGCCACUGCGGUGUGGGGGGCAAAGGAAUGCCUAAGGAUGCAACUGAUUGGUGUUGCCUGCAUCACGACUGCUGUUACUCACAAUUGAAGGCUCAAAAUUGUCGUGUCAUAAUUGACAGAUACCGUUACACUUACAGGAGAGGAGUCAUAACGUGCGGUCCAGGCAGCUGGUGUAAAAGGAACAUCUGCGAGUGUGACAAGGCCGCUGCAUUGUGCAUGAAGCGCAACUUAAGGAGCUACAACAAGAAGUAUCGCUUCUACCCCAACAUAAAGUGCACAGGGAGAAAGCCAAGGUGUUAAGCAAAGGCGCCUUGCAAUGCUCAUUAAGCCAUCCCCUAGUCUCAUGAAUUCAGCAUUUCCACACUGUUAAGCAAUCAAGUGCUUGACCUGGGAUUGGGAAUUACUUCCUAUCAAGUGGUUCUUGGCUGCUCUCUCCCCAGGCUACUGUCAGGCAGAAUCCAAGGAACUGCUCUUAAAUAAGAGACCCGAUCUGCCUUAACUGCAUCUCGAUACACAGGAUCAGAAGAGAAAUUACUUAGAGGGAGAAGGCAACACGUGUCAUGUUUUUGAUAAAAAUAUUAGGAAGAACUGGCAUGUGUCCUCUGCCAUGGUUAAGUUACGAUGGGAGCCAGGGGGAGUCUCUCCAUUCUCUUCAAUAGUCUUUGGAUUGGGCCUAAGUGCAUAAAUGAACAUAGAAAAAUGUCAAUUUCCUUUGCUCUUGCUUCAGUGCAGAUUUGCUUUCUGCUGCUUCUGAAUAAAACGGAAGAGUGUAACCAUGUUCUUCUCUGGGUUGUGACUCAGAGGCAUUCGACCGACCCGAACUAGUCACCCUUCAGCGUGAGUGAGAAAGCUGGAAGCAGCUCCCCCUUCAAUCACUUCACGUGGCUGAUUGGC